CUUAAUCAUUAUCCAACUCAAUUCAAUUCAAUUAUUUCUCAAAUUUGUGCCACUCAUAUUAUUAGAACCUCAAACAUUGUUAUUAUCAUGUCAAAAUCACCAACAUCAUCAUCAUCUCCACCCUCUGCCACCGCCAUAAUCAAUCAUCAGUACUGUGUUCCCCAUGAAGUUGAUCUUAUAAUCACGAAGCAGGUAACUUUUGGCGGCGAUGAUAACUUCACCGUCACAGACAUCAACAAGAACGUUGUUUUUACCGUUAUGGGUCCUCUUGCUACCUUCGUCAUGCCGCGAAAGGAACGUUUCUUGCGCGACGCUCGUGGCAACACCGUCCUCCGUCUUCGCAAGGCGAUAGGUGACGAUAUUUGGAAAGCAUAUAGAGGUGAAAGUACGGAACAAAGGGAUUUGAUUUUAAGUCGGAGACAACCGCCACCCUUCCAGCUAAAAGCCAACAUGGGCGUUUUCUUAGCAAAUAACACCACACAAGUUUGUGACUUCAAGAUUCUCAAAGAAAAUUCCUUCGGUCAAUCUUGGCUUGUUUGCAUCGGCGAAUCAGACAACGUCGUUGCCCAGAUGCAGGACGUGAGGUUUCCCGCUGAGGCAUGCUGGAGACUUCUAGAUUCGCGAAGAUCCUUUGUUCUCGGGGCUAUGUUUUGGUUUAUAUGUUUUGCUUAGAUACUUUUAUCUCCAUUAAAUAAUACAAACUAUGAUGACUCCUCUUAUGGGAGAUUUUGGAGAAUAGGUUUUAUGUAUUUGUGUCCCUUUGGGGUUUUUCUUAUUUUAUCAUAUGUAUAUACUGCUAUGCUCGGACCGGUUAUCUUCGCAGCCGGAUCUUGAGUCUUGAUAUUCCUGUUUUUGACACUCCUUUGUAUAUAUAUAAUCUCGCGUUGGUUUAUCCUUGUUCGUUACGUUAUCGAUCGGAGUGUUGCGCUUUGAGUUGCGAUUUUUGUCUACCCCUUUUCUAUAAAGGCUCCUAGUUAUAAUCAAUCAUUCAUACUACUAUAC